CCCUGUGGAGUAUGUUUAUUGACUACAGAUGUUAAACACUUUGCUGAGGAACAGAAAGCUUCAAGAUAGAGUAUGUACUUCACCUGAGUGGUUGCAUGGAAACCGGUCGUGUGUCUGACUAUUUAAGAACUCAAGUGGACAGUAUGCUUACAAGUUUAAAGGGCGGGAUCACAACUUCAGAUUGAAUUGGAAUGACUGCAAGAUUGUUUCAGGAUUAUAAGACUUUAUGUAAAAGAAGUUCAUAAAAGACGUAUUAAGCCAGAAUGCCUCCCACUCAGGCUGAAAGUGUUAUAAAGAAUAUCAUUCGAGAAAUAGGACAAGAAUGUGCAGCCCAUGGAGAGAUUGUUUCUGAAACUCUGGUUGCAUUUAUGGUGAAAGCUGUUGUCCUGGACCCAAGUAAUGGCUUUAACACAGAUAGAACGCUCCUAAAAAGUGAUGUGCAGAAACUUGUUAAGCUUUGUGUGAGUCGGCUAUUGGAUAGUAAAAAUCCAUCCCUGGACACCAUAAAGAUGCAAGUCUACUUUGAUAUGAAUUAUACAAGUCGAGGGGAAUUUCUGGAAGAACAUCACCGAGUCAUAGAGUCUAGAUUAAGUUCUGUUAGCAGAGAAAUUACAGAUAAUCGAGCAUGUGUUCGGGAAGAACUGGAAAGCCUCUACCGCAAGAUUGUCAGCUAUGUGUUACUGCGCUCUGGGCUUGGGUCCCCAACAGAUAUCAAGAUUGUCAGAGAGGCAACAGCUGCCCUACAGAGUGUGUUUCCUCCGGUUGAGCUGGGGACCUUUCUAACUCUUUCCAAGAAGGACAAAGAACGCCAGCUGAAAGAACUCACCAUGAUUGUUACUGGAAUCCGUUUAUUUAACCGAGACUGUGGAAAGGGAGGAGAAGGCAUUGAUGACUUGCCUGCUAUUCUGCAGGAAGCAAUCCCAGUCAGCACUCAGCAUGUUGAUUCCCAGCUCGAGGCUGUCCAGGACCAGGCAUACCGCUACACAGCCAUCCUCGAGAAAGCAGCGAAGAACCCACUCUUGAGUCAAGAACUUCAGCCGUAUAUGCUCAAAGAAGCGCUGUACAAUGCACGGCAAUAUGAGAUCUUCCUUCAGAUCAUUUUGUCAGAUAUAAUUACUUGUGCUCGAGAAGUGGAAAUGAUGAUAAAGCAGUUAGGAGCCCAACUGGAACAAUUAAAAAUGACUGUGAAAUCAAAGACGGCUGUCCCAACAUCACAAGUCUUUCCCAUCUUCAUUGCCCUUUCCAAUGUGUGGACCAGCUUUCAGGAUGAAACUGUUUUGAUUAGCGUCCUCAGUAAUUUAAUGACUCACCUUGAGCCAUUUCUGGGGGCUCAUGAACUAUUCUUUCCUGAGAAAGUAAUGCAAGACCUUCUUGAUGGAGUGACAGUGAAAACUGAUAUGUAUAGAAUGAAAGAACACAUGGAAGAUAGAGUGAAUCUGGCAGAUUUCAGAAAACUGGAGUGGCUUUUCCCAGAAACAACAGCCAAUUUUGAUAAAUUGUUAAUUCAGUAUCGGGGAUUUUGUCCUUACACAUUUGCUACAACAGAUGGUCUUCUCCUUCCAGGAAAUCCAGCAAUUGGAAUUUUGAAAUAUAAAGAAAAGUAUUAUACUUUCAAUACUAGAGAUGCUGCAUAUUCAUUUGCAGAAAAUCCUGAAAAUUAUAUUGAUAUAAUUAGGGAAAAAGCCAAAAAAAAUGCAGAAUUAAUUCAGCUGCUGGAACUUCAUCAACAGUUUGAAACCCUUAUUCCAUAUUCUCAGAUGAAAGAUGUGAACAAACAUUAUACAAAACCAAUUACAAAGUGUGAAAGUAGCACCCAGACAGACACACACUUACUGCCGCCAACAAUUGUGAGAUCAUAUGAGUGGAAUGAAUGGGAAUUAAGAAGACAAGCUAUAAAACUGGCCAAUUUGCGCCAGAAAGUUACUCACUCGGUGCAAACUGAUCUCAGUCACAUGAGAAGAGAAAAUUGUUCCCAGGUGUACCCUUCAAAGGAUGCUAGCACGCAGUCAAUGACAGAAGGCAGCAGCCGAGUGCCCAGGCCCCAGAUCUACAUAGCUGGUCUCCGUGGGGGCAAGACUAAGACCACCCGCGGAGUCAAGGUGAACUUAACCAGAGCUGUGGAUGAAACUUAGUUAGAGACCAUGUUUUCAACGUAUAUACCACCAAAUUAUGAACAAUGGCAAAUACUUAAAGCAGUUUUGCAUCCAUGAAAAUUUUGUGGGGUUGGCACAGUGGUUGGUUGUAUGAAUUUUUUGGAUUCUCAUUUAUAGGUACUGUCAAACUGCUACAAAAAAUGAAAAAUUGUUUUCUGUAAUUCAUUUUUCAUUCUAU